AUGGGAUCAUUUCCUGAUCUCACAACAUUUCCAUCAUUGAGAGAAUUAUGCCUUUCAGAAAAUCAAUUAAGUGGGACAAUACAUGAAAGUUUGGGAAAACAAUUUAAUCUAGAGAUAUUAUAUAUUGGUGGUAAUCCAUCUGAAGGUGUUAUUUCUGAAGCACACUUCUCAAAGCUCACAAAAUUGAGGAGGUUACAAAUAUAUAGUGACUCAUUGGUUUUCAACUUCAGCUCUAAUUGGGUUCCACCUUUUCAGUUAGACGAGCUAUAUAUGAAUACUUGUCAACUCCCUCAUUUCCCAAAAUGGCUUCAAACUCAAAAAAAUUACUAUUGGCUUGAUUUAGCUAAAUCUGGAAUUUCAAAUACUCUAUCCAAUUCAUCUUGGAUCUUCCCAACUCACUUGAACUACAUAGAUCUGUCUGGGAACAAAAUCAAUGGACACAUUCCAAAUUUGCUAUUGGAGUCAUCCUUUCCCUUCAUCAUUAACUUGCAUUCAAAUAAAUUGGAAGGUGAAAUACCACCAUUUGUAUUUAAAGGGUCACAUUUGAAUCUUUCUAAUAAUACGUUUUCAAAGUUAGCCUUGUCCUUAUGUAAAGCCAGUAAUAAUAGUUUGGAAUUUCUAGAUCUCUCCAAUAGUCGAUUAUUAGAAGAGCUUCCUGACUGCUGGAUGCAUUUUGAAGGGCUUAAAAUUCUUAAGUUGGCAAACAAUCAUUUUUAUGGGAAAAUCCCAAGUUCAAUGGGCUCCUUAAUUGAGAUUGAAACACUGGAUUUAGGCAACAAUAAUUUUAGUGGGGAACUACCUUCAACCUUGAAAAAUUGCACAAAGUUGAUAUUUCUUGAUCUUCGAAACAAUAGCUUGUUAGGACUGAUACCGAUGUGGUUAGGGAGAAGCCAUCCAAAUUUAGCUGUCCUUUUUCUUAGGUCCAAUCACUUCUACGGAAGAAUGCCUCCACAUCUAUGCCAUCUAACGCAUCUUCAACUUUUGCACCUCACUUUGAACAGAAUCACAGGAAGUAUACCAAAAUGCCUCAACAACCUUAUUUCCUUGACUAAUACAAAGAGUCCCAAUGCAGCCAAUAACCAUUCAUAUGAAUUACUGUCUUCAAGAUAUGUUGAGGUUACAAUUUGGAUGUGGAAAGGAAGAGAGUACAAGUAUGGAAAUAAUCUUGUACUAGUUAAGAGCAUAGAUCUCUCAUGCAAUAAAUUAAUUGGGGUAAUUCCAAAAGAAAUUGUGAUGCUUAAUGGAUUGAUUUCUUUGAAUCUCUCAAGAAACUUGCUGACUGGAAAAAUCACUUCAGAUAUUGGGCUAUUACACUCAUUAGAAGUCUUGGAUUUAUCUGAUAACAAGCUGAGCGUUGAAAUUCCUUCAACCAUUUCUCUUAUUGAUCGUUUGAAUUCCUUGAACUUGAGAAACAAUAAUUUGUCCGGCAGAAUUCCAACAGGCACUCAACUCAGCACCUUUAAUGCCUUUGCAUAUGAGGGGAACCCAAAUCUUUGUGGAUUCCCACUUCCAACGAAUUGUUUGGGUGAAGAAACACCUCAAAAUUCAACCGUGAAUGGAAGCAGUGGAGAUGCUAUGCAAGAUGAGAAAGAUGGGUUUAUAACCCGAGGGUUUUAUGUUAGUGCAACCACUGGAUUAAUUUGUCGUCAGUUUUUGGGGAGUUUGUGGCACAUUACUACUAAAUAG